AUAUUAGUGCUGGAAGCGUCGCCGCUUAAAAACAAUAAUAGUCCGCUUUGCUUUUUGUUUACGCUGCUAAAAUGACUAUUUUGUACAAAGUCGAGGGCAAGGAGUUCGGCAAGGACAGUGUUUUCCCGCACAAGAAUGUCCUCUGCUCCGUCUCCGCGCGAAAUAUCGUGGCGUUCAGUGCCCUGCAGAGCAGGGAGGAGAUGCACGCAGGAGAUGCCGGCGAAGGAUCCCUGCCAGGAGCUGGAUUGGGUGUGGGCGCCAGCAACAGCCAUGUUUACGUCUGCGACAUUGUGACGCCCUGGGAGUACUACAAGGUGUGCUCCUCCAAGUCUAUGAUCAGCGUGCUCCAGUGGAGUCCCAAUGGGGAGCAACUGCUGCUCGGCUAUGUUGGCGGUCGCGUGGAGAUUUGGCAGACAAAGAACCAGUCCAUUAACCUGUGGCACCUGCAGUUUCACGCCACCGUGCCCAGCGAGGACAUCAUUGAGGCGCAGUUCUUCCACAACGGCAAGGGGGUGAUCUUUAAUCCGCAAAAGAAGGAUCACACCUACUACGCGGAAAAGUUUGAGCGGAUGGAGCAGCAGAAACCCACUCUCAGCGGAUUCGGUGGAGUGCCCAGCGAGGGCUGCGUGCUGCUCACUUCCUCUGGUCUGCUGGCCGCUUUCUGUCUGCCCGUGCUCCAAAAGACAUCCGCGGGAGGAGUAGAAGGCCCCGCCCACGAAAUAGUCGAGCUGACGCCCACGCUCUACAGCAUCGGUAUCUCGCGCAGCUUCAUCGAGCACUGCACCAUGACGCCGAGUCCAUCGGGAGCCCUGAGUGUAGCCUUCAGUUGUGGCUGGCAGCAACAGUUGGUGCAGUGCUUCAGGAUUUUCCUCUCCUUGGAGGGCGAACUGGGUCUAGAGCAGCAUUUGGUCAUCAAGUCCGAGUCGCAGGCCAGCAUAUUCUUGGGACCCCUUGACGGAAGGCGGAUAAGCCACCUGAAAUGGACUCGGGUGGCCAGCGAGGAGGUGAUCUUCAUAGCCUACGCCUGUCCGAAUGGUGGUGGAAGCCAACUGGAGCAAUGGACGUUGACACGCCGGCACCAGAGUGUCCACGCACUGCUCCAGGGUGGAGGAGGGGCCAACAGCAAGCCAAACGAGUUCGUGCAAUCGGAAAGCUGGGAACAGGUGGGCAAGGUGCAACUGAAUGCAUCUUUGGCCGACAUCAGCAUAACCCGACUAUCGGUCUCCGCGCCGGACUGCUGCCAGGUGUACGCCAUUCUCCAGGACAACAGUGUCCAAGUGUUGGAACCCAACUCGCUAAAGCAGCUCAAUCACACACAAUUCGAAAAGGUAUCAGACGCCAGUGGAGGGGUACAUUUCGUCAGUGGCGACUUGACGCCCACCAGCCAAAUGCUCCUGAUCUUCGAUAGCCAUGCGCAAUUGCACGCCAUGCAGGCACCUCUCCUCAAGCAAGCAGGAUCGGGUUUGCUGCUGCUGGAGUAUUGCAUCGUCACUGGCUGCGAUGCCAGCGAUGUGCUGCUCCUUAAUCUUGGAAAUCUGGAGGCACUUGUGGAGAAGCUAACGGACAAUUUUACGCGGCAACCUUCGUAUGUGCGCCACUACUACUAUGCCAACUUUCUGGCGCUCAAAUCCAAUCUGUGCCGCGUACAGCAGCAGGAGUUCGACAAUCUGAUCAUCCUGCACGCCAUAUCCACAACAUUCAAGAGUCUUCUUCGACCCUCUGAUCUGGGCUUCCAGGAUAAAGGACCCGCUGAUAACUUGGCCAUAAAGCUGGCCGAAUCCAUACCGGAUGUGGACACCGUGAUGCUCAAUCUGGAUGCCAAGGACUUUACUGUGGAGCCGGUAAUGCUGCAGAGUCUGCAGCAACUGAUCCAGUGGGUCACCGACCUGGCCCUCAAUAUGCUGCAUCGCCUGCCCGAGGAAGUGAUGAAGAGCAAGCUGUCCGGGAAGCGGCCCAGCUACGAUAUCAGCCGGGACAUCGUGGCCAUCAGCAGUCUGCGCGAGCUUCUCGUUAUGAUCCGCAUCUGGGGUCUGUUGAACACCCAGUGCUUGCCCGUAUAUACCAAGACGAUGGACAACAUCGAUGUGCUGGUGAUCCUGUUUCGUUUGCUCACUCGCUUGGCUCAGAAUCCCGCGGAGCCGGAUGAAAUGCUGCUAGACGAGUGCAGUCUGCUGUCCAAGCAGCUGCUGAUUCCCCAGCCCACAAAGUUCAAUCCCACCACGCUGCUGAGUGCCCAAGGAUUCGCGGCCGUCAAGUCGGGUCAGCUGCAGUUCACCUCGCUGGUAGAACCAUCUUGUCUGCAGGACAUGGAAACGGAGGAGGUUGUAUUCGCCCGCUCGGUGAAGGAUGGCGUGAGCAAUCUCCAGUUGGGCGCCCGACCCAGCACCAUUCGGAGGUGCGCCCGCUGCGGAUUCGUCUUCGUUAAUAAUGCCAACAAAGUGGCCAAGACGUCGGCUCUAAAGGCGUGGUUUAGUAAGUGGCUGCACUGCCACUGCGGGGGCUUUUGGAAGCAGAUACACUAGUUAGUCCUAGCUUGUGUCAGCAGUAUCCUAGGUCCUUAAGCGUAGUCUAAGUCUGCAAUAAAAUAUUUCAAGAUACCCA